CGCUUUCGCUCGUUAAAUACAUUUUAAAACAACUCGUGAGAUAAAUGGUAUCUAACGACCACUCGUGUAUUAUUCUCUAUUUAACACAGACCCCGUACAACUUGACAUCAUGGGAAGCCAUUGUUGGUUUUCCAUCGAUUUCAGAAAGUGUCACUGCAGGGCCGUUAUCGGGUCAUCUCAAGUCAUCGGGGCAUCUCAUGUCAUCGGGUCAUCUCAUGUCAUCGGGUCAUCUCAUGUCAUCGGGUCAUCUCAAGUCAUUGGGUCAUCUCAUGUCAUCGGGUCAUCUCAUGUCACCGGGUCAUCUCAUGUCAUCGGGUCAUCCCAUAUCUUUGCAAAUGUCAUCGGGUCAUCUCAAGUCAUCGGGUCAUCCCAUAGAUUUGAAAAUGUCAUCGUGUCAUCUCAUGUCAUCGGGUCAUCCCAUAGAUUUGAAAAUGUCAUUGGGUCAUCUCAAAUCAUCGGGUCAUCUCAUAGAUUUGCAAGUGUCAUCGGGUCAUCUCAUGUCAUCGGGUCAUCUCAUGUCAUCGGGUCAUCUCAUAGAUUUGCAAAUGUCAUCGGGUCAUCUCAUGUCAUCGGGUCAUCUCAUGUCAUCGGGUCAUCUCAUAGAUUUGCAAAUGUCAUCGGGUCAUCUCAUGUCAUCGGGUCAUCUCAUGUCACUGGGUCAUCUCAUAGAUUUGAAAAUGCCAUCGGGUCAUCUCAUGUCAUCGGGUCAUCUCAUAGAUUUGAAAUUGUCACCGGGUCAUCUCAUAGAUUUGCAAAUGCCAUCGGGUUAUCUCUUGUCAUAUGGUCAUCCCAUAGAUUUGCAAAUAUCAUCGGGUCAUCUCAUAGAUUUGCCAGUGUCAUCGGGUCAUCUCAUAGAUUUGCCAAUGCCAUCGGGUCAUCUUUUGUCAUCGGGUCAUCCCAUAGAUUUGCAAAUGUCAUCGGGUCAUCUCAUAGAUUUGCAAAUGGCCAUACAAUAUGUUUGGUAGGAUUGAUGCACGUAAUGAAAGUGCUAAGAUGUUGGAAAUUGUGGUUUUGAUUUUUGUUUUUUAAGUUAUCCGG